GAGGGACCAGUGAGCAUCAGGUGCAGUGGGCAGGGCCAGACGAGUAGGCGGAGCCGCGGCGCAGUGGGCGGGGCUUGGCUCGGGCUGUGACAGCCGCGGGUGCCGCCGCCUCCAGUGCAGGGCCAGAGCAAGGGGAUUUCCAGAGCUGAGAGAGGAAGUGCGGUGUGUGUGUGUGUGAGUGAGUGAGUGAGUGAGUGAGUGAGUGUGUGUGUGUGUGAGUGUAUGCAUGUAUGUAUGUGUGUGUGUUUGUGUGAGGGAUUACAGCACAGAAGGGACUUUCCAACCCCGGCGGCGGCGGCGGCGGCGGUGGCUACAGCCCCAGCUCUUCCCCCCCUCUCCCCACUACCUCACACCCCUCCCCCAGCCCCUUCCCUCAACUCCCUCUCCUUUUCCUCCUCCCCACUGGGACAGCAGCCGCCUCCUCCUUGCCCCCCCACCCCUCAACUUGGCGCUGCUGUUUUUCCCCCUCCCUCCUGUCCUCCCACCCCUCACACGCAGCUCAGCCCACCCGCCUGCGAGAUGGGGCUGAAGGGGGAGGAGGAGGGUGCGGAAGGGGGAGCAGGACCCACUUGGCUUCCUUAAGCGACCAGUGGCUUUGAGGAGCCUAGCCGGUGGCAGAUCUAUCAGUCUUGGGUAAGGAGGAAAAACUGGGGGAGAGGGAAGGGGAGAGGGACCACCGCGAAAGUGGAGGGGGGUUGGUUUGAGUGCUCUUCCACGUUGCUUUGCUACGCUGAAGGGAGGGGGGUGGGCGUGUAGAGGGAGGGGGAAGGCGGGGCAGCCACCUUCCCCUGGUGUGGCCGGGGCACUUGCUUCUGCAGCUUUUUCAGACUCCCUCCCUCCCUCCCUCCCUCUCUUUCCCUCUCCCCCGCCCCCUCCCUCUUUUCCUCCCUCUCUCCCUCCCUCUCCCCCUCCCCCCGAGCUGUGCCCUUGCUGCUCUCUUUAGCUUCUUGCUUCAAGAUUGUGGCUGCUCCUGAUCCCUCUCAGACCCUCAUCUCUCGCCUUGCUACUGCUGCUGCUGUGGUUGCUGAUCCUGCUGCUAGAAGCUUGGGCUUUAGACCCUUUUCCCAGCUCUGCCUGCCCUGUUGCUGCUCAGGCAAAACUCGGGCUUCUCAGUGGGGCGACAUUACUGCCGCGGGCCCCCAAAGUGAUCGGCAUUUCUCUGGUGCCGGCACUGCUGCUGUUGCUGCAGAAAGGAUGGAUCAAGACAAUCGGGAGACAUUGAAGGCUUUUGAGCAGGGGAAUGACAUGAUUGAACUUGUGCCUUAGGAAGAUUAUUUUGACAACUCUGUGGUGGAUAGAUAUGGAGAAAAAAGAGACUGGAAUCUGGGAGACCAAUUAGGAGGUCUAAUCAUCCAGCUGAGGGACAACCUCGCACUGUUUGAAGAAAGAUAAAGUUGGAACUGCUUCACUAAAAACCUUUAUUGAAGUCUUACUUCGAGCUUGGCCAUCUCUCACCUACAUAUGACUUACAGAAUUUUUCUCUUCUAAAAUGGAUUCCAGUAAAAAGAUGGACCCCCCUGCUCCACUGCAAACUGUACAACAAAAGACAAAUCCUGAUCGUGGUGCUGGAGUAUCAAUUUAUGUCCCAGAACAAGGGGGAUACAAAGAAAAAUUUGUGAAGCCCGUGGAAGACAAAUAUAAGUGUGAAAAGUGUCAUCUCAUUUUAUGUAAUCCUAAGCAGACAGAAUGUGGUCACCGAUUCUGUGAAACCUGCAUGCAUGUCUUGUUGAGUGCUCCAAGUCCAAAAUGUACAGCAUGUCAAGAAAACAUCAUUAAAGAUAAGGUAUUUAAGGAUAAUUGCUGUAAGAGAGAAAUUCUGGCUCUUCAAAUAUACUGUAGGAAUGAAAGCAGAGGAUGCACAGAACAACUAACUCUGGGACAUUUACUGGUACAUUUAAAAAGUGAUUGCCAAUUUGAAGAACUUCCAUGUGUCCGUGCUGACUGCAAAGAAAAAAUCCUGCGAAAAGAUUUACCAGGCCAUGUAGAAAAGUCAUGUAAAUACCGAGAAGCAACGUGUCAGUACUGUAAAAGUCAAGUUCCCAUGAUAACACUGCAGAAACAUGAAGAUACAGAUUGUCCAUGUGUUGUUGUCUCAUGCCCACAUAAAUGUAGUGUUCAGACACUUUUGAGGAGUGAGUUGAAUGCACAUUUGUCAGAAUGUAUUAAUGCCCCAAGUACCUGUAGUUUUAAGCGUUAUGGCUGCACUUUUCAGGGAACAAAUCAGCAAAUUAAGACCCAUGAGGCCAGUUCAGCAGUGCAACAUGUUAAUUUGCUGAAAGAAUGGAGUAAUUCUCUAGAGAAAAAGGUUUCCUUGCUACAGAAUGAAAGUGUAGAAAAAAACAAAAGUAUACAAAGUUUACACAAUCAGAUUUGUAGCUUUGAAAUUGAAAUUGAAAGACAAAAAGAAAUGCUCCGGAAUAAUGAAUCCAAAAUACUUCAUUUACAGCGAGUGAUUGAUAGUCAGGCUGAGAAGCUAAAAGAACUGGACAAAGAAAUACGUCCCUUCCGACAAAACUGGGAGGAGGCUGACAGCAUGAAAAGCAGUGUGGAAUCCCUCCAGAAUCGAGUAACAGAACUAGAAAGUGUGGAUAAAUCUGCAGGACAAGCGGCACGAAAUACAGGCUUGCUUGAAACACAGUUAAGCAGACAUGACCAAAUGCUAAGCGUUCAUGAUAUUCGACUGGCUGACAUGGACCUUCGAUUCCAAGUCCUAGAAACCGCCAGCUACAAUGGGGUGUUAAUCUGGAAAAUUCGAGAUUAUAAACGACGGAAGCAAGAAGCUGUCAUGGGGAAGACCUUGUCGCUGUAUAGCCAGCCUUUCUAUACUGGCUACUUUGGCUAUAAGAUGUGUGCUAGGGUUUACCUUAAUGGGGAUGGGAUGGGGAAAGGAACUCAUUUGUCUUUGUUUUUUGUCAUAAUGCGUGGAGAAUAUGAUGCUUUGCUUCCAUGGCCAUUUAAGCAAAAAGUGACUCUCAUGCUAAUGGAUCAGGGAUCAUCUCGUCGUCAUUUAGGAGAUGCUUUCAAACCUGACCCAAACAGCAGUAGUUUCAAGAAACCUACGGGAGAGAUGAACAUUGCAUCUGGGUGCCCUGUCUUUGUGGCCCAAACUGUUCUAGAAAAUGGGACGUAUAUUAAAGAUGAUACUAUUUUUAUUAAAGUCAUAGUGGAUACAUCGGAUCUGCCAGACCCCUGACAAAUAAAUGGGGAAAUGGAUUUAAGCAACAGAUAACCCCACUUAGGGGUUUUGAACCAGUCUGUCUUCAAUGAGGUCCUAAGCUCAGAAGAGGACCUUGUGGACCAGAAGGAAGAGUCUGAAGGCAUAAUUGCAUAGGGUCCAAUGGUGAAGUAGCAACACAUUAAGAAAUCAUACCUUGGUAUAUUUUCUAAUAGAACUAGCAACACUUCAACUCUGAAGAAUUAUUUAUCCAUCAUUGGGAUAAAUAUUACUGUCAGAGGGUUUUAAUUUUUAUUUUUAAAGAUCUAGUUAAUUGAGGUAGAAAGACAUAUAUGCUAAGCAAAACAAACAAACAAAACAGAUAUGAUUUUUCUUCCUUAAACUAGAACACCAAAAAAUUCACAUGGGGAUAGCUGGAUAUGUCAGCAUGUUAAGUAAAAGAAGAAAUGAUGAAAUCAUAAUGCAGUUCUGAUAUAUUCAUUCCAAAAAAAAAAUAGCAAAGUGCAGUCUUGUUUCAAAUACAAUAUAUUGUCUAUUUUUAAGGCCUCACCUGGUCUCUGUUUUAAUAAUUAGUUUGUCAGAAGACCCUGAAGUACUCAGUCUUUAAAUUCGGAAUCAUUUUUUGAUUUAAAGUUUUAUUGAUAAUUAUUAACACAAACAUCUUAUUUUAAAAUGUUGAUAGACUGAUAUUUCUUGGAAGAAAAUGUAAAAUAUCAAACACUGGUUAUCACUUGUGAUAGGAAAGAAAAUAUUCAAUCUGUUGUUAUUUCUCGUUAGAAAUGUAAACCUACAAUAUAUGUCGUAGUUAAUGACACUACUUCAAAAUUAUUAAGAAAGAAAAAUUGCUCAUGGAUGCCGUGCAUCAUUCUCAGAUUUAUAAUUGUUUUCACCCUAAAAUAGGGCAUUUGUUGAACUCUGAAGUUCUAAACAAAAAUCCUGUAGGUUUUUAAAGCUCUGCCCCAUGUGUUCAAAUGAUCUCUCUAUUGCUGAUGACACAAAUAUUAAAUCUUCAAGAUGCUUAGUGUUCUGGGGGGUGGGAAAGGUGGUUCAUGCAGAAGAUGGUCACUUUAGAUAUGUUUAUUCAUUCUGUCACAAUUGCUGCAUUUUGUUAAAGAUCUCAGAAAGUGAAGUCUUUCCAUUGAGAUGGUGGCAUAAUGUACAUGUGCCUUAGAUGUGACAUGCUGCUUCUAUACCAUAGAUUUGUACUCAGUUAAAUUAGAGAAAAAUGAUAGCUUAACUAGACUUUUCUGUUGUUAUCCGUGGACUUUAUCCAUAUGAGGGCCCGGUAAACGAUUUCCUGAACGUGCUGACAAGAAGCCAAACUAGUCUUUUGGCCUCUGGAGCUGCCCUUGCUUGAUUGUUGUGGAUUCCAAAUCUUCAGGCCCCAGCAGUUUUCUCACACUGCUCCCAUGGAGCUUGGUCUUAGGGCUUUCAUCCCAUCCCCAAGGCUAAUGUGGAGUAGAAAAUUAUAUCCUCUUCCACAGCCCUUUGUGGAAGAGGAAAGCUCAGAUGACUAAAGGGACUCAUCUGGACUUUCUCAAAAUGUAAUUUGCAUCUCCCCUCAGGGAUGGCUUGUUGAGGCAGACUCUCAGACAUCCCUCUCAUCCAUCUCUUUUCUAGGGAAAUGCUGUCUAGGCUUCUAUGGGCACAGCCUGAGCUUUCCUAGAAGGCUUUUUCUCAAUCCCCCCCUCUUCUUCCCUCCCCUCCCCGCCCAGUUUACCUUCUUCUCUUAAUGGUCUGACUGUGAUUAGGAAUUUGAUGACCUAUCUCCUGUCUUUUACCUUUUACUAUGCACCAUGUUCUAUGGGUGCUUCUUAACAUCGAUGGGUGCUAAACCUUGAUGGGUGCUUCUUAGGCAAAACCAAUGUGUAUGAACUACCACAUCUGUGCCACGUUCAAGAGAAAUUUGCACCCCCACCAUUGGCCAGUUGGGCGGUGCUCCUCAGACUGCCUGCCUCUUGGGCUCUUUCUACAAUCUGUAGCAUGGGGACAGUUGGAUUCAUGCCUCUGUAGUUCACCUUGUCUCUGGUGCUAUUGUCUGUCAUGGGUGUGCCUUCACAUACAGUGCCUGCAGGAAGGACUUUCCGAUUACAAACAGUAAUUCAACACAUACCAUAAGUAUUCAGUGCAUACCAUAAGUGGUCUUCAUUGGUUUUCCAAGCACCUGUAUCAGUACAACCUAUUAUUGUUUAAGUAGCACAAACACUCCAUUUACUUGAUUUCCUUUUCCUUUUAUUCAUCACCAUCCUGUUCCUUUGGGGGGUGGGGAACACAAGUUAGUGCCAUCACAUGAGACCUAAUUUGAGUCAUGUUUCUAUCACUACUCAUUCAGGAAGGACUUCCUGCAGAAGAUCUGACAGCUGCAGUAUUUUACAGGCUGCCCACCUAAAACCACUGUUACCUCGAAGGUAUGCCCUGAGUGUGCCCUGGAUCUUGUUCAGGUGUGUGUUCUCCUAAGAGGCUUUUGGAUACAGGCAGCCUGGCAGUUCACAUAGUGGACCUCAGGUCUCUUUACCGAGGCCAUGGGCACCAAUAGGGACUGCUCCCAAGGACUUUUUUUUCCAACACAGAAAACCACACAUGAUUGUCUGAAAUUUUAAAAGAAAUACAAAAAACAUUUGUGGCCUUGUAAAGAAAUCCCCUCCCUAGAUUGAAUCCUGGUUUGAGUUGGGGAUUACCUCGAAGCAUUACAUUGAAGCAUCCAUUCCCUUUAUAGUAGGACUUCUCCAAAUAGAUUUCCCAGACUAAGACUAUUGGUUGAAUAAGGUAGAAAUUUUUUCCCUUGGCUUUCCAACAUAUGAAGCCCAUAGUAUUUAAUUUCAGUAAAACUGUGAAAUCUCACCUAAAGCAAGGAGGUGCUGUUAUGUCUUAUAGUCUUUUAAUAAUUAGGUUGAUAUUUAUUGGAACUUUUUUUUUCAAUAUACCUUUUGGAUUUUCUCUCAAAUACAGCAAACUUGUCAGAAAGCUUUUUGAGUCUUUUACAUACUCUGUAUUUUCAGUUUUGCUACCAAUAGUUAGCAUAACUAGAAUCUCUUAAAUAAUAUUGUUUUUCUGUUUGUACUAGUGUUCCCAAAAUAGCCAGAUGCUGUUCAUUCCUAUGAAACAAUGGUCUGCCCUAAUAUAGUGGGAGAAACUAAAUCCCCCAACAUUUUCAAAAGGCCUCAGGCUACUAGGAGUUGACUAUUUCUAUGUGUUAGAUGCUCUGUGUAUGUGUGCACCUUCUUUACUAUUACUGAGUAACAAAUUUCCAGCAUAACAAAACUGCUCCAGUAACUAAAAACAAAGUUAAGUUUUUGUGCAUGAAUUAAUCUCCUUGAUUUCUCGGAAACAUUUCAUAGUGGAAAUAAGAAUUUCUUCCUGCCUCUCUAACAACCACUUUUGCAGUUUCUCCCUCUUCUUUCUCCCUUUUCCUCUUUCUGUAUAACUCUAUUUAUUCAUGCAGUUAACAGUGGUUGAGGCAAGAAGCAUCUGCAUAGUGGAACCAGACUGGAAAAUCAUUCACUGUGGACCAUUUCACAUGACCUAUCCCUAAUUUGAUAGGAAUUGUAGCACUAUCAAUCACCAUUAAAUUCUAUCAUUGCCGGCAUGGCUUUUCAUACUCAUACUGGACCGGGACUUUUGUAUGUAUUGUUGGCCCACUCUUCCAUACCAGCAGGUCUUGUUAUCUAAUUUGUGAGUGUAACAGAAAAAAUAUAUAUAUAUCUAAUAUGUAGUAAUGCAACUUCAAUGCCUAAUAUUCACCUGUAAUUUGUAAAGAUUUGCAACCUACUGAAAAUCCAAACCAGGUUCUCUUCUAAGCUGGUUUUCUGCUGUACUAGAAGGCAAGUUUGGAAGGUAGAACUUUUGCCUGGGAUGUGACUGAAAAGUCAAGUAAGACAUGGAAGAGCUUUGUAUCCUUUAGGGUUUUAAUGUGUUGAUUAUUAUGAAUGUUGGGGUGCCAUUUUAUCUAAUCAUCAGCUGGGAAGGAGUACUGUCAAUGUCCACAGUCUGAAACAUCUUCUAAAGCUAAAAACCAGCUUCAGGGCCGAAUACAAUGAGAUUAAAUUAAUCCUUUUUCAUAAGAAUACUUCUAUAUUUUUGAAUUUGGCUAAUAGAGAAUACAAUAAAUUAAUGUAAAUUAAAUAAUUGAGCUAAAUAUAUCAAAUAAGAAAAUGACAGUGUUCUCCCAGAAGUUGAAAUUCAAUGGCACUUUUAUAGUUUAAUGCCUUGAUAAAUGUUAACUAUGCAAGCAAAGUAGGCCAGAAGAGGUCUUCUAUUUUAAUGGUUAAUGUUCAUGACCUCAGUCUAGUUAGUAGUCCAUCCCCAGGAUAGAUGCCCUGUGAUUGACUUCUUCAGAAACAUGGAGUGUACAAAUCUGAGACUAUGACAAACACCUCUCCGAGGCCCUUGUCUCCAUAUAUUAACCAACCAGAUGAAAAGUCAGUCAAACAGAUAAGCUAUGUAGAAACUAUUUUGAUUGCCACUUAUAGUGGAGUGGAAAGAAUGAUUGACCAAAAAUUUAAAAAUCUGAGUCUGACCCUUGCUGGCUGUGAGACUGGAAAAUCUCUUCUCUCUGGACUUCAGUUUCUUCAUUUAUAAAAUGAGGAAGUUUGGACUAGAUUAUCCCUGUGGUCUCUUCUAGCUUUAACAUUCUGUGAUCUUACUAAGCUAAUUUAAAUGAUUCUGUCAUCACCACCACCACCAAACUGACUAGUUUUUUGACUGAAUUAGCCGAAUCAUCUGAUGAUUUUGACAUUGUGCAGACACAAGCCAAAUAAAUCUCUUUGGAGAGAUACAAGCACUUCAUAAUGAUGUCAAGCAAACUAUUAGAUAAUACCUACUUUUGACUUUUCAACCUAGGAAGGGAAAAAGCACUGAUCUGCCUUGUUUCUAAUCUCUAAGUCUUCUCCCCAAUAAGAGUCACAGAAUGGUGGCCAGUUAUUGGGGUUACCACUGAUGCAGCUCAAGCGAGGGAAGCUUUAAGAGCUAUAAACCACACACUGAGACUUUGGUCCACUUCUCCUUCUUCUGGAAAGAGAAUUGAAGACAGCCAACCUAAUUCCCUUGAGACGCGGUCAAAACAAUGAAUGAGUCUUACCACUCUUCUUUAACAGGCUAAGAUGUACAUAUUGGAGGAGCUCUUGCUUCUAGCCCCCAUUUUCCUUUAACAUAUUAAGAAGUAAAACAGAAUAGUGAACCACAAGGAAUACUGUGCAUGAUUCCUCCUGGCUUAUCCUGAGUAGGAUUUCCUUGCAGGGUAAGUCAGCCGCACAGGUGGCUCAUUAAGUCAGUGAAAGCAAGAAUUAAGAGCAUUUUCAACACUGACAUUGGGGCUUUUAAAUUAAACUCUUGCCUGUUUAAAAUACGUCUCAUUGCUUGGAUCACAUCUGUACUUCAAAGGACCUGUGAUUUCAUCAGUGUGGAGGCUCCUACAACCGAGGCAGAUCAGAACCCUUCCAGCUUGCAAUGCUGUUUCAUGAGUUGCUGUGACUGGGGAAAAAAAAGAACAACAACAAACAAACAAACAAAAAAACCCAUCCUGGUAGUCAAUCUUCUGAUGAUGAAGCUCUCUGAACUUAACUAGUCUGGUCUUUAAAUGACAGACGCACAGUCUCUCGUUAGAUCUGUUCUCUAAGCCUUUCCAGUUUGGUAGUUCCUACCAGAUUUUGGCAUUUGGCCUAAUUUUUGAGAACUCAGAGUUUCCUCCAUGUCACAAUAAGGCAUCAGAAUGGGGCUGUAAUGGAGAUAGGUGAAGCAUUAAUAUGUUAAAAAGGGCUGAACUAUAGCUGUAAAACAAUAUUUUUUUAACAUGUAAUCCAAAUCUUUUAGUCCUUAGAUAACCAGAAGGAAGAAAAUUCAGGGAAUUCACUUUAAUUGUGUAGCAGUUAUGAGAUGAAUGUGGGAUCUGUUCUCCAAAUCUGUUUCUUGACCCAUGAUUGUAGUUUUUGUCUUCCAUUUCAAAAGCUGUAAUAUUUUGCAUGCGUUUUUCUCCAAAGUAGUGUUAAUUUGUUAAGAGUUUAAGCCAGGUGAAUUUCAGUUGAUAGUUUGAUCUUUGGAAGUAUGGAAUAUAUUGGUUAUCUCACUAUUGUUGGCUGUGAUGGCAACAUUCAUCUCUAGUAAUUUAUUAAGCAUCUAUGUUGUGCUAGAUGUUAAAGAGAUAUAAAGGUGAAUGUGACAUAGAUGUUCCCAAGGAGUUUACAGUCUUUUGUGAAGAAAGACAAGUCCACACAGAACUGUUAUAUAAGGAAGAGUCAGAUGAAUGUAAAGGAAAGUUCUAAGCACAGAGAAAUUUGAGGUGGAGAGUUCAAUUUAGGAAAGUAAGUUGCCUGGGAACGCUUCUUGGAGGAAAUAGUAUGUCUGAAGAUUUCUCUUUUUCUUAGGGCUGUAAGCUCAUUGGGUUUAGGGUUCUGUCCUGGUCAUUGUUGUAUGUCUCAUGACUCUUUAGUACAGUGCUUUGCACAUAGUGAGCACUGAAUAAAUAUUUAUUGAAUUUUAAAAAGGUCUUUGUCAUACAUUAUUACACCACUAGAUUUUUUAAGGAUUUUUUAAAUGUCAUAAGUGAAGAAAAAUAGAAGCAUCAGAACAAUAAUAAAUUGAGGCUCUUAUUAAGAUCAGCAGAGGCCAACAAGAAUUUCUAGGUAACUUUUCUCCUUCAUUGAAUGUGACAUGACUUGAAUUUCAGUACAGGAUUGAAAAGGCAGAUUCUCCAACUAUGACCUGCACCCUUGGCAGAGAGUUGCCCAAUCUGGUUUGGGAGAACAACAGAAUGGGUUCCAACAUCUAUAAUAAUUGCUAAGGUACCAUGCAGCUCAUUUUAUCUCCUUCAUUGCUGCUAUAUUUGGAGUAUACUGUUUUCACUGUCUUGGUGAAAAAAAAAAGUUAAAAGUUCAGAAUUUCUUUAAUUGUGGCAUCAGACUCCAAGAAGUAGCAGUGAUUGAUAUCAGAUCUUGUUGAUUGAUUGAUCUUAUUCCCCUUGGACAAGUAGGAUAACCUUUAACAACAAAUGAAGUGACUUUUAAUUGGAAAACUUAAAAAUGGACAUUAUUUCCAAGGACUUCUGUAAGAAAUAUCUGUGGAAGAACAUCAAUGACAAAGAACCAUAUGUAAAUUGAUGUAAAAAAAAUUAUGUAACAUUUUUGGAAUUGCAUUGACUUCACCAAUGGUACACUUGUUGUGUUCAGUUCUAUUAUCCAAAAACAAAGACCAAAGAAGGCCAAUCUCAUUUGACUGUGUAUUUUUAAUCUGCCUGUUUUAAAGAUGAUCAUAUGUAGUAACCAUUAGCUAUAAGGAUACUUUACUGCAGUACCAGUGAUCUGGUAACCAGUGGUUUUAUGUACUGUGUUUCUCUGCUCCUCUAAGUUUAAAAACAAACAAACAAAAAUAACAAAACAAAACAAAAAAAAGAGACAAUAUUAUUUAUUGCUCAGCAAUAACCAUGUUGUUAAUAGCUAUUAACAACAUGUCUUAAUUUUCCAAUAGCAUUAUUAUGUUUUGUAUUUCUGUUUAUUGUAUAUUGUGUGUGGUUUUAUUUGGUAUUUAUUUAUGUUUUGAGGUCUUGCAAUGUCUUUUGUGUUUUUAAUGCUAAGUAAAGUGUGUAAGAAUAUAGAAUGCCAAACUUCAAAAUGCUAAAUUGUUAUUAGAGAAAAAUAAAUCUAAAUAAGCAAUUCUCACUUUUUGUAUAAAAAUAUCCCAGAAAUGUAAA